AUGGUCUGUGUUUGUCCAUCAGGUUACAUUAGUAGUGGGAGUGGCACGUGUGAGAUUAUUUCAUCGAUCUUCAGAGUUGAAUGUAAGAGUGACAGUGAUUGUCCAUCCGAACGUUCAUGCGUGAAUGCCAUUUGCAAAGAUCCUUGCGCUUGUGGUACUAAUGCUAUUUGCAACAUCAUUGACCAUAAACCAAUUUGCUCUUGUAUAACUGGUUUUGAUGGAAAUCCUGAUGUCGAAUGUAUACCAGUGGGUAGAUGUCGAUCGAAUCACGAGUGUCCUGGCACUCAUGCUUGUUUGCAGCAUAACUGCGUGCUUGUAUGCUCACCGUCUCUGAAAACCUGUGGCAAGGAUGCUGAAUGUAACGGUUUUAAUCAUCGAGCCGUUUGCGAAUGCCCACCAGGAUAUACAGACAAUCCAACUGUAGCGUGUGUCCCAAUAAUCGGCUGUCGGAAGAAUAGUGACUGCCCGUCUACUGAAGCUUGUAUCAAUGAAAAAUGCAAAAACCCGUGUUUGACUGAAAAUCCUUGUGAAAGGAAUGCUGAGUGCAGCGUCUAUAACCAUGUUGUCGAGUGUGCUUGUCCAUCAGGAUAUAUAGACACCAAAAUUUCUAGCUGUAUACCGGUGGGUUGCAAAAGCGAUGAUGAAUGCCCAUUACAACAAGCCUGCGUCAACAGGAAGUGCGUAAAUCCAUGCAAUGAAAUAAGACCUUGUGGCAUUAAUGCCAUAUGUACGGUUUUGGAUACACAUCCAGUAAAAACCAUGACUUGUGAUUGCCUACCAGAUUACCGUGGUAAUGCUGUUGAACAAUGUGAACCAAUUUGUCAACUCGAAAAAGGCCAGAUCCGAAAUCAAUACGGUGAAUGUGUCUGUCCACCGAACCAUGCAAAAAAUGACAAAGAAAUUUGCAUACCAUGUUACCCGGAAGCUGGAGUUAUGAUUGAUGAAAACGGCAUAUGUCGAGCUAAAAAGAUUGAAGAUUUCAAGAAAUCCAUGAGCGUGAAAUGUCUCUCAGACGGAGUGUUAGUUACAUUAGUUGGACAAGGAGAAGCUUUCAAUGGCAUAAUUUACGUGAAAUAUUACAGUUCCGAUGAACAAUGUAGACGAGACUUGAUUUUCCCCAAGGAAAAAAUAGUUAUUGAAGAAUUCAAGGUGACUUUUGGUACUUGCGGAUUGACCCACGUAAAUGGCGUAGCCAGUUUCACUUUAGUCAUACAGAGGCACAAAAAACUCAUGACGUACAACGCCCAAGCUUACAGCAUUAAGUGCUUGUACCAAAUCGGAGAACAAAAUAUUACGCUUGGAUUUAACGUGUCAAUGAUGACUACUGCUGGUACAAUUGCCAACACUGGACCCCCACCUACUUGUAGAAUGAAGAUUGUUAGUCAGAGUGGAAAUGAGAUAAGCCAAGCCGAAAUUGGAGAUGGUCUGAAACUCGAAGUAGACGUCAGUCCAACGUCAAUUUACGGCGGUUUUGCACGUUCUUGUGUCGCCAAAACAACUGAUGACGGCGUAGAAAAUGAGUACGUGGUAACUGAUGAAAACGGAUGUGCCACAGAUCCAACGAUCUUUGGUGAAUGGGAACAAGAUACUGAAACUCAAACACUCAUGGCUAAUUUUAAUGCAUUCAAAUUCCCCAGCAGUGAUAAUAUUCGCUUCCAAUGUAACAUUCGCGUCUGCUUUGGUAGAUGUCAACCGGUUAACUGUAGAGGUUAUAAUGCCUUCGGUCGAAGACGUAGAGAUACAUCGAGCGCCAAUAACAGUUCAAGAAACUUACCUGAAAACGUUAUAGGAGACGAGCGUGGAAACAUUAAUGUCACUUCCAACAUGAUCGUAACAAUAGAUCGACGAGACGACAAAUAUUCACUUUAUCAACCGAACGAUCCUGCGCCACGGUUGUCCGAAGAUGACGUUUGUGUUUCCAUGGUUGGCUUCGUUGUAUCACUCAUAAUCACGACAUUACUAGCACUAGUCGCCGUGGCUAUUGCCGUAUCAUGCUGGCUUAUGGCAUAUCGACGCCAGCCAAAGACAGCCGGACCACUGCCACACCCACCUGAAUUUCCCAAUCCCUUGUUUACAACCGAGUCGGUAGCUGAGCCUUCGCCGGACUACUACCUCUCAUAAAUGCAGUUCGUCUACCUCCCAUCCUUUUUUAGAAUUUAAUACAUUAUUUUUUAAAUUAAUAGAAUUCUUUAACUAUUAAGAUAAUAGACGAAUAUGGGGAAAAUGCACUACGGAACCUGCUUUCAUUCGUCCUAAAGAUUGAGGAUGCUGUAGUAUCAGUAUUUUCCGACACAUCUCCUCCAGUGACUUAACCAACUCGUUACUCUGUAAUCCAGUUUGCCUGUUCAUUCUUAAGGUGUACUUAGUUUCCGAUAUUUUUUCGUUACUUUUUCUUAAACCAAAUAUUGAGAAACGUGACUGACAAACAUGGAAAUUAAUACUUCUACAACGCUUCAAAUUUUUUCAUCAUAAUGCACGAAUGGAUGAUUUGCACUAUCAGGCGAAGUGUUUGUCAUCGUAUUCGAGCCAUCAUUAUAUAGUGCGUACAUUUUUUUUAGGUGAUGGUCCUUCAUUCCAUUAUCUGUCUUCGAGUUCGUCUAUUAACAAAAUGUUAAUUUAUUCAGCUCCUGUAUACCUAUUAACUCUUUUUAUAAAUAUACUCUAGUCAAUGGAGGAUUUGUUUAAUAAAUAUAAAUAAGUAUAAAUAUUUGUACAAGAAUUUUAUUCCUGUGUAAAGACAAUUAAACGAUUUAGUAGCC